GCGGGGGUGGCCAGCGCGCCCUGCGGAUCCUCGCGUUGCCCCUGGAAACCACACGGUGCUGUAGCUACCAGAGCAAGGGAAGGACAUGACGAUUCAAGAUGGCGAAGGACCUGGACGAGCUCUUGGAUGAGGUCGAGUCCAAGUUUUGCAGACCAGACCCACUGAGACUGGGUAUGGUCGAACGGCCCAGAGGCGGAGGCAGUGGCGGUGGCAUCCUCAGCAACGACCGGAACCGAGCCGAGGCGGAAGAGAAUCUCAGAUCAACAGAAACAUUUAAAAAAGAACAUGAUCUUGACAGUCUUAUUAACGAAAUAUUUGAAGAGCCCAACUUUGACAAAAAAUGCUUUAAAUUAAAAUCUAAAUCUUCAGGUAACACAUCUGUCAGAGCUUCCAUUCAAGGCCCUGGUAAGAGCUGCAGCCCAGUAUACCUUGGUGGAAGCGCUGUUCCAUGUGGGGUUGGGACAAAUACUUCACAGAGAAAGAAAUUUUGGUUCCAGAAUGGAAAAUGGAUUGGAAGUUGGAGGGACAAGACAGGAGAGAACACAGGGAGACCAGUCAACAGGCAAGCAUGUGACCAUCUGCGUUGUAUAGCCUGUGAUUUCUGGGUAGUAAGCUGCGAUGACUAUGGGUGGGACAAAUCAUGUGAUUACCUGUUUUUCAGGGGACGCUGGUUCGAUCUCUGGUCAGGGAACUGAGAUCCGAAAUGCUGCAGGGCAACUAAACUCAUGUGCUGCAGCUAGAGAGCCCGCAUGCCGCAACUACAGAGCCCACACACUCUGGGGCCCAUGUGCCACAACCAGAGAGAAGCCCGCACACCACAACGAAGAGCCUGCAUGCCACAACGAAAGAUCCCACGUGGUGCAGCUAAGACCUGACACAACCAAAAAUAAAUAAAUAAAUAAAUAUUUUUUUAAAAAAGAUAAGAGAUGCUUUGAUGUUUAUAUUGUGGGGGGGGGGGGGAAGACAAGAGAAGGGAAGGUUAUGUGAGUAACAAGGUCCUGGAGGCUUUGGGGUCUAGAGUGCUGAUGGAAAGUGGGCCUUGGAUAGGAAGAGGCCGCCUCUGUGCCUGGGUGGAAAGAGGUCAUAUACUGAUGUGUUCAAGGGGACAGCUAGGAAAUGGAGGCCUUUUCACAUCUCACUGCCUGAUUUUGUGAAGGAAGAUGUGAUCUGCUUGAAAGUAGAGGGGAGAGGAAACACUUGAGGGCAAUAAGUGUAUCCUAGCUUUGAGAAGUUCUAGAACUUUCUAAAAGAAGUAUAAGCUAUACUUGACCAUCCUGCCAUGAUAGCUAAAUAAAAUGCUCUUAUUUUUCUAUUAAACUGUGUUUGCUUUAUGGGAAAUAAUGAAAUUUUCUUUCUCAGCUUUUAAAAUGUGCACUACUUGAAAUGUAUUAAUUAUUGAUAGUUCCUUGGCUUUCAUGAUUCCUACUCCUGAAAUCUCUAAGUAUUCAAUCAAGUGUGACAUGUUAAGUUUGUCAAAAUAUAUUGCAGAUUGAAUAAAGGACAGUCCUUCAUUUAGCCAUUUAGUUUUCAUUAAACACAUUUAGUUUUGUUUGGCUUUUUUCUUUGCAGUAAAACUUAUUCAGUUCUUCCCCUAUCUCACUGUAACCUUAGCUAAGUUGUUCAGCUGGUCAAAGUCUCAGUUUCCUGAAGUCAGACAGUUGGCCUGGAAAAUCUCUUAGGUUUUGUUAGGGUCUAACCUCAAUUGUGCCUGAAUUUUGUGCAGUACUGAAUGUGGUGCCCAUUGGCCACCAGAGGGCACUUUGUUUCCUGCUUUCUGUAGCAGUGACAUCAACAGUUAACAGUGUAUUUCUUUCUUUAAAAGUACUUAUACUGUAUUUCAUCAUUUCACUAUGUAUUUUUUCAUCAUUUCACUUUGAAUUUUUUCAUUUUCUUUUGUCAUGGAAUAUUUACAUAAAUUCAGUACAUGGACUAUGAAAAUCAUAAUUGAUUUUCUAUUAAUUAAAUUUAACUUCUGCAGUCUUUUUUAUAAUAGCAUCAAGUCAGAUGGUUAUCGUUUUUCAUGAGUUCUGCGCAUAGGUUUAAUUAUGUUAAAAUUACUGACAUUUAUUUCAGGAUAGGCAUUUGUUUUGUUUCUGGUAGUGUAAGUAAAUAAGCAGAUCAUUGAAACAAAUGAGAUAUAAUAUGAAUUCAACACAUAGAAAUAACAAGCACUUUUUCUCUAUUAAUGAAAAAUUUCUAUAGUUAACCCAUCAGAAGCCUGUUAUCUUUAUGCCUCUUAUAUGCCCUCCAUUUGCCACACUGCUGGCUUUAUUUUUUUUUUUUUUCUUUUUUGCGGUACACGGGCCUCUC